CCGGCCUCACGCGCUUCCGGAUCGCAGGCCUGCGCCCCGGGCUUCUCUGCGGAGCAACUGAGGCUCAGACACAGGACCCUAUGUCCCUUUUUGGACCUGCUGUUAAGUCUUGGUCUCUCAAGUCAGGCUCUGGGCAGUUCGCGAGUCUCCGAGGUUUCCAGCCAGGGUGUGAUCGGGCCACGCGUAGGCCUUAGGCUGCCGAGGGUGACUUUUAGGGUCCUCGGUUCCCGGGGGGACGUGCGGGCCUGAGCCGUGGUUAAGGAGGCCUCACGGUAGUGGCAGGAUUCGAACCCGGGCUUGGCCGAGUCCAGAUUUCUGGGAACCGAGAUGACGCACUCUUUGGUUUGUCCUGAGACAGUCAGCAGGGUGAGCUCGGUGCUGAAUCGCAACACCCGGCAGUUUGGGAAGAAGCACCUGUUUGACCGAGACGAGGAGACGUGCUGGAACUCGGACCAGGGUCCCUCCCAGUGGGUGACACUCGAGUUUCCCCAGCGAGUCUGUGUCUCUGGGCUGCAGAUCCAGUUCCAGGGGGGCUUCUCCAGCCAGCGGGGGCGUCUGGAAGGUUCACAGCGGGGCGAGGCACUUAGCAAGAUUGUGGACUUCUAUCCCAAGGACAACAACUCUCUCCAGAUGUUCCCUGUGCCCCCUGCUGAGGUGGACCAGCUGAAGGUGACAUUUGAGGAUGCCACAGACUUCUUUGGCCGAGUGGUCAUCUACCACCUUCGAGUCCUGGGGGAGAAGACAGUGUGAGGCCCUGGUGGCUGCCUCUUCCUG